AUAUGCUUGUCAACGACCAUGGUGAUGGUUUGAAAAUGACAAGUACAAGCAGGAGGCUUAAGGUGAUCAGUGGAUACAAACAAAGGCACAAAGGCAAUGUUGAUCUGGAUGAUUACCGCCCUAUUGAUCCGUCUCCAAGUUCAAAAGCUUCUAUUAGACCUGGUCCCAUUGAGCAUAGUGCGCCCAUUAACCCUUAUAUUCCAAAGCCUUCGCUUUCGCCUCCUCAUCCUCCCAGUCCAAGUGGUUCUCCUUAACAACAUCAAACCUUGUUCGGGUAGAUUAAUCUCGAUGUUAACUGCAAGUUGGUCGUUCUUUAACUUUUAACUAGUAAUUAGCUUUAUAUGCUUU